UGGCUAACUUACAGAAUGCAUCCAAAAUCCAGGAUCUAUGACUACUGUGCGGUUAAAAUUUGGCAGUUGUGUGGCCACUUCAUGGCUUGUCAGCUGUGAUGUGAUUUGUCAUUUCCAAUACUCUCUGCCAGUUUCUUUACAAGGAAAAUCAGUGAGGAAGUUACUCCUGCUCUCACUGUUCUUUUGCCUGCCAGUAAUCAUUCUGUUUCUCUAUUUAGGUUCUCCUUGGAGGGUUCUUCCAUUAAUCCGUAAGUUACUUGGUGUAAGAAAUAGAAAAUUCUUUCAUAUUUCACCUGACAGCUACACAAUGGCAACAUCAGCAAAUAAAGGGAAUCCUAAAAAAGUUGGUUUUUUUGACUGGUUGAUUGAGCAGAUCAACAGUGGAAGAUACAAGGAUUUGUUGCACUGGACAGACGAGAACCACACAACCUUUCGUAUCCGUUGGAAGCAUCAGUCAAACAAGAAUCUUGUGGCAGAUGAUUAUGAGAUUUUCAAGGCAUGGGCUAUGUAUACCGAGAAAUAUAAUGAAGAUUUAUCAACUCCUAGUAAAUGUAAACUCAACUUCCGCUGUGCCAUGAACAGUACAAAGAGAUUUGAAAAACUCGUGUCAAAUGAACCUGACUUUCGCAUAUACAAAAUCAUCCCCCUGAAUCCAAAAACUGAAUCACCAGCUAACCCCUCUUCUGGUACAAGUAAUGCGAGUGAAAAUGAAGCUGAAGCAUUGCAUUUCAGUCCAUACAGUGGAGAAUGUCCAGCUCUGCACCAAUCUACACAGCUACACCAGAAGGAAAUUGAUGCUGCUUUUCAAACUUUGACACUGGAGAAUCGGAUGCCAGGUUCUGCACUACCAAAUGAGAAUGCAGCUGGCAAUUUUUACCAGACUAAUAAUGAUACACUCCAGUGGAUUAUGCAGCAGCAGUCCCAACUGAAUCUGACUGAAAUGCAACAUAUCUCAUGGGCCCCAAUAGUAACUGCAGAUUCCAGUAAUCUUAUAGCAGGAAAUGCUAUUUUGUAUGAGCAAAGAAGUUCCUGUGAAACCCCUCAGGUCACCCAAAAUGGCUGCUUACCCAUAGGGAAUGGAGCAGUGGUUGAACCUCUGGCAAGUAAUUGUUACCAAGAAGGACCCCAGUGGCUACCUGCAAACCCAACAAAUGAGCUUUCCCAGUCAACCAUUGCUUUUCCAGUAUCACAUGCUCAACAAAACUUUCCUGGUGCAAAUCAAUUUAAUCAGUUGGAAGAAGCUGUCUGCGAUACUAGCUGUUUCGUCGAUAACAUUUAUCUGAACCAAGAGCCUCAGGAUAAUGGAAUGAGGAAUAAUGAAAUGAGGAGUGACUAUCCACUUACAGCAAACCAGGAAGUUAUGAUGGAACAGAGUGUAUUUGUACCUUCAGCUACCCUCCCAAUAGAUGAACCAGCCAUCAAUAAUGUUCCUUCUCAGGACCUCGUAGAAACCGCCGCAUUUAACAUAAAGGUCUCCAUCUACUACCAUAACAAGCUGCAGGAAGAAGCAGAAGUAAACAGUUGCAUGUUUACCUACAACCAGGAGAACUGCCACCAACCACACAAUACACAGGUCAUACAGUUUCCCAAUCCAGAAGUGCUGUCGGAUCAGAAGCGAGUUCGACAUACCUUGACCGCAUUAAACGCUGCAAGGUUAUUAUUAUAUCAGAAAAACGGGAGGAUCUGGGCGAAGCGACUGGGCACCUGUCAGGUCUUCCAUGCAUUCUCCAAGGAGUUGGACAACCCUUCUCAGGACCCUCCACGUAAAUUGCUGCCAAGAAAUGUUGAAACCGAAAUCUUUGACUACGAACAGUUCUGUCGAGAACUGGCUGACUUCCGGGUUGGUCAAAGAAGCUCGUCUCCUGACUAUACCAUUUAUCUGUGCUUUGGACAGCGGUUUACUGCUUCCAAACCUAAGGAGUCCAAACUGAUCUUGAUGAAGCUGGUUCCAAAUUUUUGUAAACAUUGGCAUGAAUUCGUGCAGAGGGAAGGCUGCUCAUCCCUGAACAGCGAAAGUGUGAGCCUCCAAAUCUCCAAUAGCCUGUUUGAUAUGAUAGAACAGCUCUGUGCUAUAAGCAUGCAGACCGAGACAGCGUAUUGAGUGCUUUGUUUUGUGUGCCAAUUAGUAGCAAAGGGUGAGAGGCUGGUUCCCUUCAUUUGUUUCACAGGCAGAAGGACUAUAAUCUCUGGAUUGCACCUCAGCCUUGCAUUAGGGUAGCUGAUCUCCUAAUUGGACUAUUAUUUAUUGAGAUAAUCACACUCCGGGGAUACAGAUACUCUGCCCUCUUUCCAGGAACUUAUUGGAAUAUAUAUAUCGUGCUGUGUGGCUUUAUUGACAAGGAUUCUUCUCUGCACGAUGAUAAUCGCGGGACAAAGUUGAGGAAAUUCUUUUCAAGAACAUAUUUUCACAUGAUAAAGACUUUCUAGAUACUGCAGGGCAGGGGGUGGGAUGCAAAUAUUUGUACUACCGGUUCUGUGGGCGUGGCUGGGUGGGAGUGGCUAAGUGGGCAUGGCCAUGUGACUGGGUGGGU